UCAGUUUAUUUGAUUAUGUAUUUUCUUAUAUCUUAAUAGGGAUUUCAAAAUGUCUCAAAGAUCGAAAGAUAAAGACCCGGCUUGGCGAUAUGGCGAUAGAGUUAAUGAGAAGAAUACAAAUAUUGUAUGCAAGUUUUGUAACAAGAUUACAACGGGUGGAAUUUAUCGCUUUAAAUUCCAUCUUAUUGGUGGCGAUAGAAACGUCACAAGUUGUCCGAAAUGUCCACCGGAGGUGAGGGAUGAAAUAAAGAAUUUUGUUGAGAAGAAGAAGGAGCAAAAAAAUCAAAUGAGUCAUCAACCAUUGGUGACCAAUCUUGAUGAUGAUGGUGAUGAUGAUAUUGAAGAAUUGUCACUUCCAACAAAACGGGGAAGAGAUGCAAUCUCUUCAAGCCAUGGAUCGACGGGUACGAGUAGGACUAAAGGUCCUAUAGAUUGCUAUUUCCCAAAGAAGCCGGAAGGAAAGAGCGGUGGAAAAGAUGUACAAAACAUUACUAAGGACAUUUUGAAGGAUCGUGCAAUUAGAGCUUUUGCACGAUGGGUCUAUGAUGCUGGGCUCCCCUUCAAUUGUGUCAACUAUACUGACACUUUUGGAGACUUUAUUGAGGCCGUUGGUCAAUACGGACUUGGAAUGAAGCCUCUCACUUAUCAUGAAAUCAGAGGUCCUUAUCUAAAUAAGGAAGUGGAGGAGACUAAUAAAAUUGUGGAGGAACAUAAAUUUGCGUGGAACAAGUAUGGUUGCUCCAUUAUGAUGGAUAAGUGGACGGCAAGAACUGGGAUAAUGAUUAUUAAUGUGUUGGUGAAUUCUCUCAAGGGAAGUUUGUUUCUUGAGUCCAUUGAUGCUAGCGACUCAUCCACUGACCACAUCAAAAUGUUCACCUUGUUUCAGAACACCAUUGAAAAGAUUGGCCCAAGCAAAGUUUUUCAAGUGGUCAUUAAUAAUGCGAGUGAAAAUGUGAAAACGGGUGGCAUGGUGGAAGGAGCGUACAAGAAUGUCUAUUGGACUCCAUGUGCGGCUCAUUGUAUCAACUUAAUCUUCGGGGACAUUUUCAAGGAAAAACCCUUCUCUACAGUUUUUGGCCAGGGCGUUAGGGUACAUUCUUAUAUUUCUCAGCCGCCCUUGUUAUUGAAUAUGAUGAGAAGAUUCACCAGACAAAAAAAAUUGGUGAAACCGGGCAAGACAAGGUUCGCCACUGCUUUCUUGACUUUGCAUAGUAUCCACUUGCAAAAAGCCAAUUUGAGGAAGUUGUUCACUUCAGAGGAAUGGAGCAAGAGUAAAUUUGCAAAGGAAAGUGCAGGGAAAGAUGUUGCACGCAUUAUUCUUUCUUAUUCUUUUUGGAAUAAUGUCCUUCAUGCUCUUAAAAUUGGUGGCCCUUUGGUUAAAGUACUCCGUUUGGUGGAUGGGGAGCAAAAACCACCAAUGGGCUACCUCUAUGAAGCUAUGGAUAGGGCCAAGGAGGCUAUUCAAGCAUCAUUCACUGAUGAGCAGAAAUAUGCAAAGGUCUUUCAGAUCAUUGAUGCAAGAUGGAGUGAGCAACUUCAUAGACCUUUGCAUGCAGCUGGACUUAUUCUGAACCCGUCACUCUUUUAUGAUUAGCAUGAGAAUAAUUCAUUGGCUAGAGAAGUGUGGACAAGAUUCCAUGAGGUUGUUAUCAAGUUUACCCCAGAUGAAGACUUGCAAGAAAAGAUAGUAGAUCAGCUUGCUAUUUACAAGGCAGCUGAGGGACUUUUUAAACUCCGACUUGUUAACUCCGGAUUUACAGACUUUCGCCAUCAGAGUUCUAAGUUUAACUUGUAGCUCAUCCGGAUGUGAAAGGAACUGGAGCGUUUUUGAACACAUUCAUACAAAGAAGAGGAAUCAACUAACCUUGAAGCGCCUCCAUAAUCUAAUGUUCAUAAAAUACAAUAGAGCAUUGAGGCGUCGCUACAACCACCGCAAUCUAAUUGAUCCAAUUCUUUUGGACAAUAUUGAUGAGGCUAAUGAGUGGCUAACCGGAGUCCCCGAAAAUUGUGAAGAUGAAGAAGUAUUUGAAGGCGACUCUAAUUUCACUUGGGGUGAUGUUGCGGUUGCUAGUGGAGUUGGGGAGAAUCCUUAUGGUUUAAGGGGGAAUACUUUAAGUUCAAGCUCGAUUAGGAAGGGAAAAAGUGUGGCUACUACAAGUCGAUCCCUAGCCCUAAUUGAUGAAGAUGAAAGUGAUCAUGAAGAGGAAGAGGAGGGGGAAGAAGAAGAUGACGAGCAAUAUGAAGAUAAUAGAGGAAUUCAAGAUUUUGACAAUCUUGAAGAAGAACAAGAAGAGUAGAAGAAUAAGAUGUUGAUUCUAGUAAUUUAGCAACUUUGAUUUUACUUGUCCUAUGGUUUGUGGAGGAUUUGGUGGUACCUAGUACCUACUUUUAAGUUUUUAAAUUGAACUUUUUGAUUAUUUAUAAUUUUAUAUUGUGUCUUUGC